AUGAUAGAAGCGUACUACCCGCCUAAAGCCAGCGUCCUGAGCUACUUCGCAUCGCUGUCCUCAUCGGACAUUCCGGAAAAGUACGCGCGGGUCACAAUUCACCACGGUUCUGCACCGGAGCCUGUCGUAAAGGACUACCUUGUUGGACCACUCCCUAUUGGGUCAUCCACUCGCAUGGAGCAUCUGACGGAGAUAUAUCAUCUUGACGCUAUUCCGCACAAUGCACGUGGCUUUGAUACCCGUGACUGGACUUCCCCAGAAAUUUUUGAGAAGAUGGCUUCCCCCUUAAUGGAAGCAUACGAGGAACUUCUGGGCGGAACGCCCCAGGACACUCUGACUACGGCCGGCAGCGGGCCGUUCAGCUUUGAUGGUUCAUUUAGACGUCUGUGGCUUAGCUGGCGGCGCAACACGCCCGGCUUCUUCUUACACCCGCUCAACUUAUAUCAGUACGUUGAUAUCAGCGGUACUGAUUCCUCACAAUGGUAUCAGUUAAAGAUCGUGUACAACCACCAAGUCUUCAACUCUCCAGAAUCUUUCAUGGAAGCAUUCCGCAAUGGCAGUCUUACACGCGUCCCUGUUAUUGACCCUGACACCGAUUUGUCGUACAGUACUCGUAAGCGUGUCGGGGCUCAACGUGAUCUCGACCAUCUUCCUGGACCUCGUUCGGUGUCGUUUGCAGGUCUGAGGUUCAGAGUGGAUCGCGAUCUCCAGUAUGUUAGCUGGAUGGGCUGGGGCUUAUACCUUGGUUUCGACAGAGACAUGGGCUUGAGCUUAUGGGACAUCAGGUUCCGUGGUGAGCGGAUUGUUUAUGAGCUCAAGCCCCAGGAAGCUCUUGCACAGUAUGCGGGCAACGAUCCAUUCCAGGCAACGACUGCUUGGCUCGAUCGCUACUUCGGCAUGGGGCAGUCCGUCCGUGACAUGUUGCCAGGCUAUGAUUGUCCACAUGAGGCCGUGUAUCUGCCAGCGACCACGUACUCAGUGAAUGGAUUAACCACACAACAACGCGCAAUCUGCAUCUUCGAGCAUGAUAGCGGACGACCUCUUACGAGACAUCUUGGUUACGAAGAAAAUGAGUUCGGGGCAGUCAAAGGCUAUGAGCUCGUGAUCAGAAGUAUUGCUACGGUCGGAAAUUAUGAUUACCGUGCGUGCAGAUUUGACUAUAUCUUCCAUCUUGACGGAACUAUCGAAGUUCGCGUCUCCGCCUCCGGCUAUCUGCAAGCUGGUUUCUACGAUAAAACACAAGGGCAAUAUGGCAAUCGAAUCUGGGAAACCAGCAUGGGUAGUCUGCAUGACCACGUCAUCAACUACAAGGUUGACCUUGACGUAGCGGGUACAGCAAACUCGUUAUUAAAGACUACUUUGGGUCAAGAAGCAAUCACCCAGCCUUGGUUCGAGGAUGACUGGGGGAAUGAAGUCAUCCAGCAAGUAGUCACACGAGAGUAUAUUGAUGACGAGAACGAUGCCUUGUUAAAAUUCCCAACAAAUUUCCAGGGCGGCUAUGCAAUCGUAAAUCAAGAGGAGACCAACAAGUGGGGAACACCGAGAGGGUACGCCAUCCAUCCAGGCUAUUCUCCGAUUCACAACACGGUCGUUGGUUCUAAGCGGCUCUUGAAGAACGCGAACUGGGCACGCUACAAUCUGGCCGUCUCCUGUCGUAAGGAGACGGAACCGUCCUCGAGCAGUAUGUGGAACUUCAAUUUGCCCGGUGGCCCUCCUGUCGACUUCCACAAGUUCUUUGAUGGAGAGAAUAUCACACAAGAAGAUCUAGUCGCCUGGGUGAACCUUGGCAUGCAUCAUCUUCCCCAAUCAGAAGACGCACCCAACACACGAACAAACACGGCGACGUCAAGUUUCUUCUUGACGCCUCUCAACUACUUCGAUCACGAUGUAUCUAUCGAGUCCACCAACGCUGUCCUUCUGAAGAACCCAGAAAAGCCUGGCGACCCCUUCACAUAUGACGACUAUGGGGUUCGGCCCGCCCACUGCCUGCCGGAACACCCAUCACCCUUCGAGUACCGCCCGCCGAAGAUACUCGAUCUGGAUGGGAGGCCUGCGCCCGCUUCCUCGAUUGAGGACAUGCGUAAGGCCUCAGAGUUAUAUCAUCGCAUCAAACUUGAGCUGUAG